AAUUGGAAACUCGAGAAAUCCAAACAUCAGAAAAUCAAAAAAUCCCAAAACUGAAAGAAAUAUUAAAAACUGAAAAAUAAAAAAAAAUGGAAAAAUUGAGAAAUACUGUAAAUCGAAAAAUCUAAAAUUUAAAACAUUGAACAAUUACAAUAUCGCAAAAUUGAAAACUCGGGAAAUCCAAACAUCAAAAAAUCAAAAAAUAAAAAAUCGAAAAAACUUUCACUGAUGAUUUGGUGUUCGUCCAGACUACUGUUAUCGUAGUUCACAAGAAAAAAGGAGGGAGAGCCACCAUCCCCUAUUACGUUUGCGGAUGAACUGAAGUGAGGGGUAAGACGGAGCAUUCGCCCCGCACGUGUCCAUAAGGGAGGGUAUUCUAUGAGGUUGCCUUUCUUUUUAACAUCUACUCACUAGUCACGUAUUUGAGGUUAAAACGGCCAAAAUAAUUUAGUCCAACAAGCGUCUGCGCUAAUAAAAAGACGAUAACGACGAACCACAUCGCAAAAACGAGACAAAAACGCGCUACAAACUCGACAGUUCCUCCAAAUGUUUCCAACACAAAGUGAAAUUACGGGUGUUCAAAAUGACUGUAAACGUGACGUGCUGCAGGAUCAGUACAACGAGAUACUAUUCAAAGUCCCACCACCCUUACGAGACAAUUUCAGAAUUCUAUGUACCAACUACAUCGGAAUCAGUCCGUUUUCCUUUGAGAACAUAGAGUACAAACCAAUAUUCAGACAAGACAAGUACUGCUUCUACUAUUCACUGAAAGUGCGAUAUUGUACAUUCUAUCUACACUGGGAUGUAAUUUUCGACCCCCUGCGUCUAAAUGACGUCCCGGACUUCAUUUUCCAUAACGAUUUUUUCCAAUUCUACACCACUAAGGAAGAAUUUUUAACGCGUUAUGUACCUUCUCGGGAUCAGUGGGAUGUGAACAACGCAUUUUCUUUGCUCACGUUGUUAAUAGAGUUCCACGAUUUGUAUAGAAGGGUUUGUGUGGCAGAUCUGCGCAGCGUAUGUUUGCAGUUUAAGUUACUCCAAAACACAACAGACUACCUCCUAAACGAUUGGACCAAAGAUGCGUGUGCCAUAGUUGGAAAACGAAACGUAGAAGUUGCUGCGUGUAAAGUAGACUACGCUGAGCUUUACGCAGACGUGCACUUGCGACUUCAAAUUGUACUGGAAACUACAGGGUUGCCACCUUAUCCGCAAAAAAUGGAAAACGGACACAACAAUGAUCUGAUUAAUCCAGGGUCUUUCGAUGCGUACUACCUAACUAUUUUGUAUACGCAUGAGAACGCGAGUGUUAGUACCAGAGUUAGUAUGACCCCUCGUCUGAAUUACGUGUUGAAAGAGAUGAACAAGCUUCCGAAAAUAUGCGCCUACUCUAUACCUCGUCCCAUGCGAGACUACAUCAACGAAGUGGAGGAAAUAUUGAGAAAAACCAUAGAAGACGCCGUUGCGUGUUACGCAGAUAAAAAAUCCUUGGUGACGCAUUUGUGUAUUGUGUAUUCAGAUAAAGUACUCCGAUAUGAUCAGCAAUUUUUCAACAGUUUGGAUUUGUUGUGCGAAUCACAUGGCUACAUUUGUCGAGUUCGCAUUAUACUUGGAAAACAUCCGGAAGAACCACUACAACUGGAGUUUUACUGUUUAAUCUGUGAAUCUGAAAUAUGUUUUUAUCAACGCCCACUUAAUAUUGUUCCUUUGCGUGCAGAGGGGAAUUAUCCGGAAAAUCUGCCAGAGCACAUUUGGGUCGUCAUUUUGGAGGGGCUCGAUAAUUUUAAAAGGCACUUGGAUGAAAAUCAUUUUGUCGCGGUGUGAGGAUAAGUACAGGAUUAUCACUUUUUUUUUGUUAUAAAUGUAGUCAUAAUAUAAUUAUAUCUUUCUACGUGA